UGCGUUGAACACACAACUACUCAACAGCUGCGCUUAUGUUGCUGUCGGUGUGCGGCCGAUGCCUUGACCUGGGCAGCUCGGUGCAGACAUGAUCUAUUCCAAUGGCUGAGGACCUGCUGCUUGCUCGGCUCGCACUGGUGCGGCUGCGAGAGCUCAGUGGCGACCAGGGCUCUAGUUCCCUAAAGGAGGCGACAAGCGAGCUGGUCGCUGCCGCCCGCCACCUGCGCCGCUACCUGGACCGGUGGUCCCGGAGCUCCGGCGAGGACCGGGAUGUCCCGAGUCCGGCUGGAGCCGCAGCUGCCAAAGAGGCAGGGUUGGGUCCUGCAGGCAGGCGACCAGGCAACGUGCCUGCAGGGAAGCAGCCGCAGCAAAAGCAGCAACAGCAAAUGCUGCCGCAGCAGCAGCGGCCGAGCUCGCAGCACGUGCAGCUGCUUGGAGUGGUGUGUGGAGAGCUGGCAGAGGCACAGUACCUACACGCUGUGGCGGUCUGCGCUGCCGGCAGGCCCCUAGAGGCAAACCCCUGGGCGGCGGGGCUGGGCUACCGCUGGCGGCUGUCUGACGCGGUGUGGGGCGCACGCGGCGGCGCGCCGUCACACCCCCGGAGCCAGUCGCGGUCGCCACCGCAGCUACAGCCACCCAACCCGCCGCAGCUACGGCCGCCACUGGUGUUUGAUGACGUGCUCCCUGCACUGCUUCUGCAGCGGUUGGCGGCGGCCUUUGGUAGUGGCGGCCCUGGCAGCGGUGCCCAACCGGGUGGCCGGGUGGCCGCCUCCACCCCAGCCUCGGCCUCGUCUUCCGCCUCGCCAUUCUGGUCGCAGCACCGCUACGGCCGCAGCGCCACCCCCUUCUUCAGCUACCUGUACCCACUGGACCAGCCGCCCACGUCCGUGGUGGAGGCGGCGGCGCAGCACCUGCACCGCUCGCUGCUGCAGGCCCUACGGCCGGUAGGAACAGCGGCAGCAGCAGCCUAUGAAGGCGAGGAGCGCGGCGCAGCUCGCUGGGGGCGAAGGUGUCAAACAGAUGCAGCAGCCAGCGACACGACCGUCGGGUCGGGCGCAGGAGCGGCGGGGGCGGAGGUGUCGGAGGCGGCGGAGCCUGAAGCGGGGGCAGAUGCGGAGGAAGAGGCGGCACGGGGCGUGGCGGCGGCGCUGCGGGGCGCUGCUGUGGUGGAGUGGUGGGCUCACACCAGGGUGCUGGGGGCGGCCCACCAGCUGCACUUCGACGUGAACGAGGACGUGCUGAGGCGGGGCCUGGGCCGCUACCGGCUGCAGCACCCGCUGCUCAGCAGUGUGCUGUUCCUGCCGCCGGCACUGGCGGGGCGGGGCACAGCAGCAGGGGCAGCAGCGGCGGCAACAGCAGGGGCAGCAGCGGCGGCAGCAGCAGGGGCAGAAGAAGGCCGUGGUGGCGGGGGCGCCGUGGGAUGCGGCCGGGGCGGCGGCGGGGGCGGUGCUGCGGCGCCGGGUGUUCCCGGGUGUGCGGGCGGGCCCACACUGGUACUGGACCAGACGCCGGCAGGGGCGCGGCGGCAGCAGGCGGCGGGGCGGGAUGAACAGCUACAGCACCACGACGAAGACCAGGGCCUCCUUCACCAAAACCACGAAAAUCAGCACCAGCACCAGCAGCACCAGCAGCCACUGGCGCCGAGGGCCUGGCCUGUGUGGCCCCGUGCCAACCGACUGCUGGUUUUUCCCGGAGACCUGCUGCACGGCGUGCUGCCGCAGCGGCAACAACAACAGGCGCCGGCGUCAGGGUCCGGCAGUAGCAAGCCUGUUGGAGUUGCUACCGCCGCUGCGGAGGGUGCAGCAGUAGCAGGAGGCGGUGAAGGCGGCACUGCUCCUGCUACUGCCGCAGUGGCGGCGGUGGGCCGGUCCGGGCAUGUGCAUGUGCCUCCGCGCACGAGCCUGCAGCGCCGCACUACCCUCAUUCUGGCCUGGUGGGGGCCGGAGCGCCUGCACACAGCUACGCCCGCGCCGCCCCUGGUCCUGAGGGUGACGCGGCGGCGGCGGCGGCACGGUGGUGGGGCCUCGGGUGACGAGCGUAGUCAAGGCAGUGACAGCAUCAACGGCGGCAGUAGCGGCAGCAGCAGCAUAGAGGGCAGUAGCAGUGAGGCAGAGUCGGAGUCUAGCGGGUACAGUCAACGGGGAAGCGGUGACUGCAGCAGCAGCGAUAGCAGCAGCGAGGACGAGGGUGGCAGUAGCAGCAGUGGCGGCAGGAGUGGUGCGCUGUGGGACUGGCGACACGAAGGCGAGUUGCGGCCUGGAAUGCUGCUACAGCCGCAGCAAACGCCACAAAAGGCACAGCCACAGGACAACGACUUGGCUGCCCAUGAGCCGGCGGGCAAGCGGCAGCGACUGGCUCCUGUGACUCCUACUGCCGCUGCUACUGUUGCCGCUGCUACUGCCGCUGCUACUGCCGAUGCCGCUGGCGCAGCCAGCCGGUGUGAGGCCAACACCGACGCAGAGGGUCCCCAGCGGGGCGUAGCACCAGCACCAGCACCAGCAGGGGGCAGGCCGCGACACGGGGCAGGCGACGGCUUCGGGCACGCCGCCCCACCAGCGGCUCUGGCGCUUUCACGGCAGCGGCAAGGUAACACGCCUCCGCCGCCGACGUGGAUGGAGGCGUUUGCGGUGCGGACUGAGGACCACGUGGCUGUUGCAGCAGGCGCGGUCCACGGCGGGGGCGGGCCCAGCAGCAGCAGCUCUGGCGGUGGUGGCGAUGGCGGUUGCGGUGGAGGACGGCGGUGGGGUGCAACUUGGCACGUGCCGGCCUGCGUCGCCCCCGCGUGGGUGCGCAUUACAAGGCAGGCAAGGGCGGAGGUGGAGGAGGAGGAGUCAGAGGUGUGGAGUCUGGGGCGCCAGGCGGCACGCGGCAUGGCGAUGGUCUUGGGCGAGGCCUGGGAUGACGGCUUGCUACUGCCGGCAACGCCGCCCCCGGCAGUAGCAACAACAGGUUCUGCAUCAGCAGUAGCACAACCAUCACCAUCACCAAUACCACCACCGCCGCCAGCAACAGCAGCUGCAGUAGCAGCGGAGGAGGCGGUGCCGGCAGGGCUGGGUCGGGUGCUGCGGGCGCUGCAGCCUCCAGAGCUGCGGCUGUUCCUGCGCACCCGACGUGAGCUGUCGGAUUUGUACCUGCCGCCGACACAGCAGCAGCAACAGCAGCAGCUGGAGGAGGAGGAGGAGGAGGCACAUGAAAAGGGCACAGAUCACCUGAGUAAGGCGGCAUGCGUGUGAGCCUCCUGCGGUGUGCGCAUUCGCAUAGCAUUGGCAUAUCGUGGCACGGUGGCACGAUUUAUUGCUGUUCGGUUUGUUGCCUGGUGCGCUUGUGCUUGACAGCGGGACGUGGCUGGAUUCAUGGCGGGUGUUGCCGGUAGGAACCGGCUCGGCUAUAGGCGAAAGGUGACCAAUGUGGUGCAACGACAGGAGCAGCAGCAGCCACCGCUGCGUCAGCAGGGAGAUGGAGAGGCAACAGCGUAAGGCGGCGGGUGUGGGCCCCGCUUGGUUGCAUGUAUGUGGCGUGCAGGUUCUCGUGAAUGGCGAUGCGGACCGAGGGAGAGCUCCCCUGGUGCGCAACUGGGAGGUUUGCGAUGGAGACUGCAUCUGUUGGUCACUGGGACGGAUUUCUUCUUUGCCGCAGGUUCGGGAGGGGUUGGUUGGCACGAUGCAGGCGCGGUCGAGGGACAGGGCUUGGGCAGGAUCUGGGCACAGCUGGUUAAACCGGGAGGUCACAGCCCCAGAGUGCAGGCACGUAGGGAUCGCGCAUGCAAUGGUCGUGCCAUGCAGAAUCCGGCGGCCUAGGCCUUCGAGCUGUGCCGCCGCGCACUAAAGGAGCGUAGGGUUCACGCCACGGCACCCGCGUCAUAAGUUAUGUCGUGGCUCAUGUCACCUUGAUGAUUCUAGGACAGGUCCAGGGCGAGGUUCGGGGACUUCCGGAUGGGCGUCCAUGCAGCCAAUGCAGGCCCCCGGAUGUUCGUGGGAGCAACGGGGCUGCCGGAUCCACGCGAGCGCGAUUGCCCAUUCGUGAUCGAGCUAGGCAUUCGCGGGAUGUAAAUGCCCGUUACG